GUUUUUGUUGUUGCGUUUUUUGUGGCGGCCGUGUGUAUCGCAUCGCAUCGAAUUGAAAAUCGUGUGUUUGGUGGUUUUCAAACAUAAAUACAUGCAUUUAACCCGCGAGGUGCCAACAAUGUUCUAACGCCGCUGCGCUUCUUAAAUAAAAAUAAAAAAAAUUUGAAGGAAAUAAAAAACAGUGAAAAAGUGCUUUAAAAUAGUAAACCAAAAGUGCUAAUUAAUAACCGACAAAACUAAAGGAAAAACCAAUACUACCAAGUCCAAAAACACCACAAGUAUUAGUUAAUCAAGGAAAAUGGGAAAGCUGCUGAGCCUGCUGUCACGCGACGACUCGAAUUGUUGCGCCGCAAAGUCCUACGAUGUCUUCCUGGAUUUCGAGAAUGCCGCCCCCACGGAAACGGAGCGGGAGGUCUACGACGAGGUGGAGCGCGUUCUUCGGGAAUCGGAGGUCGUUCUCGAGGAGAUACAGAUCUAUCGGGGUGCCGGCAAGGAAAUCCGAGAAGCCAUCGCGGAUCCCUCGCCAGAGGUGACGGCAAAGGCUUGGGCGGCGGUGCUGCCACUGGUCAACAAACUGAAGCGCUGCUACGAGCACUCCAUGGAGCUGGACAAGAUUGUGCCCAAGCUGCUGGGCCAGCUGGUGGGCGGCAAACUGAAUCCGACACAGCACUUGGAGACCCAGCAGGCGCUGGUCAAGCAGCUGGCCGAGAUCUUGGAGUUCGUGCUGAAGUUCGAUGAGUACAAGAUGAAAACACCCGCCAUACAGAAUGAUUUCAGCUACUACAGACGCAUCGUCAGCCGACAGCGUGUGGAUUCCACGGAGAACAUGCUGGUCAGUACGGAGUUGGCCAACCGGAUGUCUCUAUUCUACGCCCAUGCCACGCCCAUGCUCAAGGUGCUGAGCGAGGCUACUUCAAAGUUUGUCAACGACAAUGCCGAUGACGUCCAGAACACGACGGAAACGCUCGGAACAAUGGCGAAGGUGUGCCUGAGGAUGCUGGAAAAUCCAAAACUCCUACAACAGAUCGAACGCGAGGACACGAAAAUGCUGGUGCUUCGCGUGAUGGUCGGCCUGGUGAUCCUCUACGACCAUGUGCAUCCAGAGGGGGCCUUUGUGCGGGGCGCCCAUGUGGACGUGAAGGGGUGCGUGCGACUGCUGCAGGCGCAGCCGGCCAUCAAGGCGGAGCCGCUGCUGAACGCCCUGCGGUACACGACGAAGCACUUGAACGGGGAGAACACGCCGAAGAACAUACAGCGCCUACUGGCCGCAUAAUAUCGGAGGCGAUCGGAUGGAUGGUGGAGAGAAGAGUUCAUUAACGUUAAUUUCUAUGUGUAUGCGUAUCGAUUUAAAUGGUUUUUACUUUAUUUAUGUAAUUAGUAGGCUUCUGUAUUAUUUGUAAAAAUUGUGAGCGAGUGUUGUGCUAGCAGGAGGCAGCCUCUAGUUUUAUUUUUACCCUGUGUGCAUUUCCAGCAUUUGUUUCGUACUGUUUUAGACUCCGGCCUCCAGGUGACGUAACGAAGUGGGACGCAUAUAUCAGCAGCAACAAUAUUUAGUUGAUAAUCUAGCCCUAAUAUUAAGUAAUGAAAGGAACCCAAUUAACCUAAACAACAAAUUAGCGCAAAGUUUAAACUGAUGGUUGGGAAGAUAUGAGAGUUAAAUCCUAAAUUUCACUAAAGCAGAGAUUAUAAAUAUUAAAUAACAUUUUAAAAUCAAAUCUAGAGUAUUUUUUUGUACAUGACGGUGUUUAGAGCGAGGUGUAAAGAUCUACAUAAUGCAUAAAUUAAUUACUAUAACGAAUUGUACGAACUAAAAUGCCUACACAAUUGAACCACAAGCAGAAAGCGGAUGCAUUUAUAUAUUUCCACGCCGUCAACUUUGAUAAACGUAUUUAAACAAAUCUACAAAUAAACUUGAGCUGCGCAAUAAUAAUAAUUUUUAAGAUUUACAAAUAGAAAUAAAAAAUUAAUAAAAUGGCAAAACUUAACGCAUACAAUUUGUACCAAAAAAAAUAAGAACAAUGAAAAAUCACACAAACUAAAUAAAGAUUUAUAUAUGCGAUAAGAGCGAGAAAAGAAAAUGAAGGAAAAACUAUAGAGAAUGCUGAAUCAAAAUAAAUAUCACGCAAAAUCAA